AUGGGAUUCCUGGACGGCCAUUGGAGGCGUCCUCUGUCACUGUGUCUGCUGAUGCUUGCCGCCGCAUCACCGUCCUCUCUACCCAAUCUCGAAAUAUUGAAUUCCGAGGUAGUGGCCGGGGGCAGGGAUCCAGGUAGCCUGGGCGAGAUAAACCGUGAAUGCUGGGAUGCAUCGUCACUGGCGGUAAUACAAGCGCGUAAAUUGCGCGUUGCGGAUACAGUUGGUGGGCUCUGGGACUUCAUGACGUACUUGCGCGAGUCUCAUCAACCCAAACAUCAAGGCAUGUUCAUGCAGCUGGCACAGGUCUUUUGGGAGCGGUAUGUGGACUGUGUUCUCUCCCGCGCGCAUGGACUGGGCAGAAGGGCGCCAAGGCAAGAGUUCAUCAACAUGUUAACUUAUCAGUCAAAAGGGGUAAUGAUCUAG